GCUGGAGUAAUCUUUAUCCACAAUGUCUUUACAAAAGCUCAUACAACAGAGCAGUAAUGGCAACGUGGUGGACUACUGUUCUGGUCCAGCAUACAGCUCUUACUCUGCUCUCACAGGCAACCUUCAGAUGGAUGACAAUAGAAGGCUUCAAAUGCUGGCAGACACUGUGGCCACUCUGCCUCGGGGACGAAAACAGCUUGCUUUGACCAGAUCAAGUUCUUUAGGUGACUUUUCCUGGCCUCAAAGAAAGCUGAUUAUUGUGGAAAAACAGGAUAAUGGAGCAUUUGGAUUUGAAAUUCAGACUUACAGACUUCAGAAUCAGAACAUCUGGCCCUGGGAGAUGUGCACUCUGAUCUGCAAAAUACAGGAGGGCAGCCCAGCCCACCACUCUGGCCUGCAAACUGGUGAUGUCCUUGCAAAUAUCAAUGGUGUGAGCACGGAAGGCUUCACCCACCGGCAAGUGGUUGACCUGAUCAGAUCAUCAGGAAACCUGCUAACGAUAGAGACUCUUAAGGGAACAAUGAUUCUCAGAAGAGCAGAGCUUGAAGAAAGGAUGCAGGUCUUAAAGCAAACUUUGAAGAAAAAAUGGGUGGAGUUCAGAUCUCUGCAGUUACGGGAACAACGUCUGCUUCAUGGCGAUGCCGCUAACUGCCCCAGUUUGGAAAACGUGGACCUAGACGAGUCAGCGUUGUGGGGAGCGCUGCCCGGGCCAUGCCCAGCCCUCGGGGACCGACACCGCCUGUCCAGCCAAAGCAGCUGCACCAGCUGGCUGAGCUCCAUGACCGUGGACAGCGAGGAUGGCUACCAGACCUGCGUGUCCGAGGACUCGAGCCGCGGGGCCUUCAGCAGGCAGACGAGCACAGAUGACGAGUGCUUUGUCCCCAAGGACGGGGACGAUUUUCUGAGGAGGUCAUCGUGGAGGAGAAACCGCAGUGUGAGCACGGCCAGCAGUGGGUCCAUGUCUCCCUUGUGUGAUGGCAACUUCGCCAGCAUGUUUGGGACCCUGCCCCGGAAGAGCCGAAGGGGAAGUGUCCGCAAACAGCUUCUCAAGUUCAUCCCUGGUCUUCACCGGGCAGUGGAGGAGGAAGAGAGUCGCUUUUGA